CAGCCCCAGUUCAGUGCACGGUGGCAGCGGGGGUGGCGGGAGCAGCUGGCGCCGUGCGGUCCGCUCUGGCGCAGGGACUCACCGGUGGGCGGGCGGCCCCUGGGACAGAGCUGUCCCUGGGAGAGCGGGCUGAGUUCCGAAGUCGGAGCUGCUCGUGGUGAGCUGGGCUCUAGCGGCCACCAGACUCCGGAGCGGCGCCCUCCCACCGGCGCCGGAGCCGGGCGUGGGGGGUGCAGCAUGCCCGCGUCCGGCGCUUGAGGACGCCGCUGCCUUUGCUCUGGAGCCAUGGUAGUCCCAGCCUGCGUGUUAGCGUUCUGCGUGGCGGUAGUGGCCGGAGCUACCUCCGAGCCUCCUGGGCCAGAGCAGCGAGUUGUGCGGAGAGCAGCAGAGGUUCCAGGGCCUGAACCUAGCCAGCAGGAGCGGGUGGCCUUUGGCAGUGGGGACACUGUGGAGCUGAGCUGCUAUCCACCCGGAGGUGUCCCCAUAGGCCCCACUGUCUGGGCUAAAGAUGGGGCAGUGCUGGUGGCCUCCCACCGCAUCCUGGUGGGGCCACAGAGGCUCCAAGUGCUGAACGCCUCCCAGGAGGAUGCAGGGGUCUAUAGCUACCAGCAGCGGCCCACUCAGCGUGUGCUGUGCCACUUCAGUGUGCGUGUGAUAGAUGCUCCGUCCUCAGGAGAUGAUGAAGAUGGGGAGGAUGUGGCUGAAGACACAGGGGCUCCUUACUGGACCCGACCUGAGCGUAUGGAUAAGAAACUGCUAGCUGUGCCAGCUGCCAACACCGUACGCUUCCGCUGCCCAGCUGCCGGCAACCCUACCCCCUCCAUCUCCUGGCUGAAGAAUGGCAAAGAAUUCCGAGGGGAGCACCGUAUAGGGGGCAUCAAGCUUCGGCACCAGCAGUGGAGCUUGGUCAUGGAGAGCGUGGUGCCCUCUGAUCGUGGCAACUAUACCUGCGUGGUAGAGAACAAGUUUGGCAGCAUCCGGCAGACGUACACCCUGGAUGUGCUGGAGCGCUCCCCACACCGCCCCAUCCUCCAGGCUGGGCUGCCGGCCAACCAGACGGCCGUCCUGGGCAGCGACGUGGAGUUCCACUGCAAGGUGUACAGUGACGCACAGCCACACAUCCAGUGGCUGAAGCACGUGGAAGUGAAUGGCAGCAAGGUGGGCCCUGAUGGCACGCCCUACGUCACUGUACUCAAGUCCUGGAUCAGUGAGAAUGUGGAGGCAGACGCACGCCUCCGCCUGGCCAAUGUGUCGGAGCGGGACGGGGGCGAGUACCUCUGUCGAGCCACCAAUUUCAUAGGCGUGGCUGAGAAGGCCUUUUGGCUGCGUGUUCACGGGCCGCAAGCAGCUGAGGAGGAGCUGAUGGAGGCUGGCGAGGCUGGCAGCAUGUACACAGGCAUCCUCAGCUUGGGGAUGGUCUUCUUGCUCUUCAUCCCAAUGGUGGUAGCAGUGACUUCCUGUUGCCUGUGCAGUCCUCCAAAGAAGGGCCUGGGCUCGCCCACCGUGCACAAGGUCUCCCGCUUCCCGCUUAAGCGACAGCAGGUGUCCUUGGAGUCCAACUCCUCUAUGAACUCCAACACACCCCUCGUCCGGAUCGCCCGGCUGUCUUCAGGAGAAGGUCCUGUGCUGGCCAAUGUUUCUGAACUUGAGCUGCCUGCAGACCCCAAGUGGGAGCUCUCCAGGACCCGGCUGACUCUCGGUAAGCCUCUUGGAGAAGGCUGCUUUGGCCAGGUUGUCAUGGCAGAAGCUAUCGGCAUUGACAAAGAGCGCACUGCCAAGCCGGUCACCGUGGCUGUGAAGAUGCUGAAAGAUGAUGCCACUGACAAGGAUCUGUCGGACCUGGUGUCCGAGAUGGAGAUGAUGAAAAUGAUCGGCAAGCACAAGAACAUCAUCAACCUGCUGGGGGCCUGCACACAGGGCGGGCCCUUGUAUGUCCUGGUGGAGUAUGCAGCCAAGGGCAACCUACGAGAGUUCCUGCGGGCACGGCGGCCUCCGGGCAUGGACUACUCCUUUGACACCUGCAGGCUGCCGGAAGAGCAGCUUACCUGCAAGGAUCUCGUGUCCUGUGCCUACCAGGUGGCACGGGGCAUGGAAUACCUGGCUUCCCAGAAGUGCAUACACAGAGAUUUGGCUGCCCGAAAUGUGCUGGUGACCGAGGACAAUGUGAUGAAGAUUGCAGACUUUGGCCUGGCCCGUGACGUGCACAACCUGGACUACUACAAGAAGACCACAAAUGGCCGGCUACCUGUGAAGUGGAUGGCACCAGAAGCCCUAUUUGACCGAGUCUACACCCACCAGAGUGAUGUCUGGUCCUUUGGGGUCCUCCUCUGGGAGAUCUUUACGCUGGGGGGCUCACCGUAUCCUGGCAUCCCAGUGGAAGAGCUUUUCAAGUUACUGAAAGAGGGCCAUCGCAUGGACAAGCCAGCCAACUGCACACAUGACCUGUACAUGAUCAUGCGGGAAUGUUGGCAUGCGGUGCCGUCCCAGAGGCCCACUUUCAAGCAGUUGGUAGAGGAUUUAGAUCGCAUACUCACUGUGACAUCAACUGAUGAGUACCUGGACCUAUCAGUGCCUUUUGAGCAGUACUCUCCAGGUGGCCAAGAUACUCCUAGCUCCAGCUCCUCCGGGGAUGACUCUGUGUUCACUCAUGACCUGCUACCCCCAGGCCCACCCAGUAAUGGGGGACCUCGGACGUGAGAGACCCAACGGACCCACAGACCAAGUCCCAGGCAAUGUUUACGCGGACCCUGGCCCGCCCUGCUACUGCCGGUGCGCAGUGGACCCCAACCAGCCCAGUGCAAUGGGCCAGCAACAGAUAGGAGUUUCCUGCGUGUGCAUCCUUGACUCCUGGGUGCAGAGGCCCCUUGGGAACACGCACUGCUGAAUCGUGAUCUCCUGACUGGUCAGGGCCAGGAGCACCAAAUGUAGAAUGUAAGAGGGCCCAGCCUGUGCAGCCUUGGGGGUCUGGCUCCCUCGCUCCCCACUGCCACCUUGCAGGAACCAUUGCAGAGGGCUAGACUCUAUGUCCAGGGAUGGCCUUGGCUUUUUUGGUGCCCAAAGCUGAGCCUGCAGGGAAGCUCUGCCCUAUGUGGCGACCCUCUCUCCUACAUGGCACCUGGUGCCUUGGGGGGGGGGGCGGUGAGUCACAGCUCUCCACCUCCAGGCCGUCUACUUCCCACCCUGCCCCUCAGAGACUGAAAUUACGGGUACCUGAAGUUGGGAGCCAUAACUUCUAUCAGAAAGGUUUAUUCCAGAGGCAAAUGUACAUUGAUAUAAAUAGAUGUAUGAUAUAUUUACAUAUAUAUAAGAAUAUCUAUAUGGAGGAAGGUAAAGCUGAGGUCCAGGGGGGCAAAGCGUACCCCAUGGGGCUCAGUCGUUAAAUGGCAAGAACAAGCCGAGAAGCAAGGGGCUUUUCAGGCACAGCAAUUUCGUUUGUACCUGGACCCUGUAUAUUUGUAAAGCUAUUUAUCAGCCCUCAGAGCUCCAGUCCCCCACCCCAGGCUCAUAGCCUUUAGCCCCAGGAUAUUGCAGAGAUUUAAGUGGUAACUUAUUAACAGCUGAAGAGGUUUAUGCUGAAUGUAGGGGCUGCUGAGACUGUGAAGGCGGCCCUUGGAAGCUUGGGUGGCCCUCAUAGUUGGAGGUGGCUCCAGCAAACAGUUUCUAUUGCCUUUGGCCCUCUUUUGUGGGGGGAUUAGAUUUACAUAGGAACUUUCUUUAGGAGAUGUUUUAAAAUUUCAAGGUGAACUGAUAUUUUUCAUACAGAUUCUUCUAAUUGCUAUGUAUUCCAGGCAGGAGCCUGUAGCCAGGGAGGGGCCGGCCCUGUGUGAAGGUUCAGAUGUUAAUAGAUACGAUACAAGUUUAUCUAGCUAUAAUUUAUUGAGUCUUUACAAGUUGUUUUGCUGUAGGCUUAACACUUCCUAUGCAGUUCUUCUAGACUUGUAGAGCCCAGACUGCUACCUUUCAAGGCCUGGGAGAGAGUGGUGAAUGCAAUUUUGUUACUUUGUACUGUUACUAGGCCCUAGGCUUUGAUGGCUGUCCCUUGCCUAUCCAUCAUCAGGGCCAGGACAGUGGCUCAGGGUGACUCUUGGGGCCCAGCACAAGGUUGUCAGCCCACACUGGCAGAUGUGGUUUUGUUAAUGCUGCCGACUUAACUUUCCAAAAAAAUAAAAUAAAUAAAUAAAA